CCCGGAGCAACUGGUGGGGCCAGAAAGACCCGUUCACAGAACCGGCCGAGUCACCAGGAGUCCUCUGCGGUCCCCUCAGCCCCAGAUAGGAGCAGGGGUGGUGUUGCUGCUGCAAAGGCCUCCUCCUCCGAGACAGCUGGAAAGCGGCAGGGAAACGGUACCUGGGUGCCAGAUAGGUCACGCCCUCCAGUCGAAGGGAGCAGACAGCCGAGUCGAGCUCCCACUUCUCCAAGGCUGCCGGAAGACUUGCGUCGUCAGGAGGCGGUUCCUGCCCUCUGGCAACAGCACCAACGUCAUCAUCCUCAGCAGCAGCCACCCUACUGGCCAACAGGUCUACUUUUCAGUGAUUUCCUGCCGCCAGUACUCCCACUGGAGCCGACCACUCCCACAGUGGAUCGCAGCACGGAUCUCUGUCCGAGGUCGAUUCCCCAAGCCAACAGAUACCGGACCCUGAAGAAGGAGGCUAUGCUAAAAGAAGUUGAAGCUGCCGUGAAGGAGCCAACCGACUUCUCCCCCUCCUUUAGGGGAGGACCACGACCGGCCAGGUUGAAGUUCAGUGCGUCCUCUCUGGCAGAUAUGAGUGAUUCUGAGGACGAGAAGAUAUCCCUCUCACCUGCAAGGCAUGGCCCACACUGUGCCCUGCGAUGUCGCCACAUAUCAAGCUACUAA